AUGAAGAAAGGCAUGAUUACUUUCGGCGCUCUCGGUGACUACCGGAGUGCCGUCGUGCUAUGUGGUGGCUGUCACAACCACUACGAUCGGACCUCGAAUACGGGGUGGGUGUUUUUACCGACCAACCUGGAAUGGUUCGCCGAGUGGGAAAUGGAAGAUUUUGCGAGAAGAAAACAGAUCUUUGACCAGACCGGGAGAGAAAUGGAGAGAACAUACCCUACCGAGGAAGACUUUGAAAAACACCUACGAGCGAUCGGAAAACUAUCUGAUCCCGAUGACGGGAUGUGUCGUGGUGGAUUAUAUCAGAGCUACAUCCUUGAGGACAUGUUUGCACCAAUCAUGAUGUCAGCAUUGAAACAACUAGGGAUGACAGUUCCUGGUAGCUUUCCUGGAGGCCCAAAGCGAUGGCAUGGUGCACCAAUGGCCGCCAUAAACAGAGGCUUCGUUGUGACCGGUGCGCCUGAGAUGAAGCUACCAGAGAAGGAAUGGGAAUUGUUACGUACACUGCAGCGCCUUUACUCCCGGAAACUCUCGAAUGGCACCGGCAGCGACGAAACAUCGGGCGGCGGAGGUCAUGAGAUUUCACCACUACCACGGUUCGACCAAUCGCACGGAAGCAGCGCAGGAAAACAGCAACAAGAACACUCAAGCAAGACGGCAAAAGAGUCCACACCUGGAGUCCAAGGCCACGGUAGCGGGCUGCAAGAUUCCACUUGGCUAGGCAAUCCCACCGAUAGCGCCAUUGACGUGCGUUCGGAGGAUAACAGAAGGACUUGGAGAGGACGACGCAAUUCCAGUGCAAGAGACAACAAUCCAAGCGGGCGAGGCGUAGAGGGCGCUAAUCAGACUCGGCAGCACAAAAGGAGGCACACUCUUGAAGUUGACUUUGCGGAACAGGAGCCGGGCGUAAAUCCAGAGUCAUGGUGCUUCGGUCCGACUUCGAGUAGCGAUCACAAGAUCAAUAUACAUACCGGUCGCAAAACAUAUGCUGAAAUAGUCACAAACGGUAAUGAAGUUAGUCGAGCCAUUCAAUAUUCGCGGGGUGUAGAAACUACUACUAUACUUAAUAGUACCUAUCGAUAG